AUGACCAUUUGAUGACGACAUACCUCAUCCUCCAUCCACUGUAGACCUUCCUUAAUGUGUGAAUUUAAACGAUUUGUGCAGCAUGCAUGCGUGACAAGAAAUACAUACUGCUUAUGUUACUAACAUGAAAACAAGAAAGGUCCUUGAACAAUUUCAUACGUGUUCGAGAAAUACCUGAAAAGUAUUAUUUCUGUGGAACUGGACUUCGGACAGCCUCGUUUCGCUAGAGGAUGUUGAUGCGACGAGGGUGCUUUUUAUAGGGGCAGGAAAAUGUUUCUCAUGUACAAGGCGUCCAGGAAAUGAGUUAACCCCGCCAUCAGUACCUACCCUAGACGAGAGUAGGAAGAGACAGGAGAGGGACUGGUUGCCGUCUACAGUGCUAAUUUCGUCCGUUCCUAACGGUUUCUCUGACAACGAAACAAAAAUGAUACAUUCUCUUUAAGAAUCGUACAACAUCGUAUAAACAGAGGCGAGGAGCAUGCAGGGCGCCAUCGUGCGGGUGUGCGUGGUGGUGACGGCGGCCAUCCUCAACCACCCGCUGCUCUUCCCAAAAGAGAACACCACCAUCCCGGAGCAGGACGAGGCGCUGCUGGCCCGCAUGAAGGAGCACGAGGAGCGCCUGGAGGCGGAGCAGGCCAGGCUGGAGGAGGAGCUGUCCCGGCAGGAGAAGCGGGAGGCGGGAGGAGCCCACGAGGAGGAGGAGGAGGAGGAGGAGCGCUACGGCUGGUACUUCUGGAGCGCCCUGUCCCUCGUCAUCUUCCUCACCAUAGAGGUGUGCAGGCAGGAUUUUAUGGGCUCCUCCCCCUCGCGGGGCUCCACCCACGGGGACGAGGAGGGUCUGUCUGAGGGGCCCGUGCUGACCAAGGCCCUCUUCCCGGACAAGGGGGUCCUGAGCAGCUUCUACGAGCGGUGCAUCCGCGCCUCGGCCCAGGACGCCCGCAGGACCUGCGAGUUCGUGGAGGGCUUCGCCGACGACCUGCUGGAAGCCCUGCGGAGCUCCAGCGACCGGGACGCCGACAUGGAGGUGGAGGACUGCCUGGGGGUGGGCAGCGCCUUCGAGGCCUGGAGGGUGAGCAGGCCGCUCACCUGUGACCUGGUGGUCCCCUUCGUCCCGCCCGAGCCGUACGGCUUCCAGUUCCGGCUGUGGUGCGACCCGCCCGGCGACACCCCCCCGGACAUGCAGGGCUGCGGCCGGAUCGCGGUGACCAGGACCCGCGAAGGCGGGCCGGACUGCCUCUGCGGGACGGCCGACCUGGGCGAGGACAUGCUCUGCCUCCUGCACGGCAAGAACGACAGGCCCAGGCCCGGCGACGGCGCCGACGACGACCUCCUGUGCCUCAAGAACACGCCGUACCUGGCCAAGGACCAGGUCAUGAAGUGGUUCCAGAUCUCCGUCACCAAAGCUUGGGGGCGCAUUUCCCACAAGUACGAGUUCGAGCUCACAUUCCGCAACCUGGACGCCCCGGGGGCCCUGAAGGUCCGGUUCCGGUCGGGACGGGUGAUCAUGCUCAACAUCACCCCCGUCGUCCAGUUCGAGGACACGGACGCCUACUUCGUCUCCCACUUCCCCUCUGAGAACGGGAGCUGCUCGGAUACCUACUGGUCCCUCUCCUUCGCCGUGUACGAGAAGAACCUGCUGAAACUCUUGACCAAGGGCUUGCCGGAAAACUCCUGCCACGUCCGCUGCCUCCAGAUCCUGUCGUUCCUGCACAAGAAGCAGGAGGGCCUGACGGGCAAGAGCGCCCUGACCAACUACCACCUGAAGACCGCCCUGCUGCACCUGCUCCUGGGCACCAGGGCGUCCGCGUGGCGCGGCGAGGACCUGGAGCUCCGCCUCCGCGACAUCACCGGCUUCCUGGAGAAGAGCCUCCAGGAGAAGCGGCUGUGUCACGCGCUGGUCGGGAACGCCCGCGUUCCGAGGGAAAUCGGGCUUCCGGAAAUGUUCCGCGUGGCAGAGCCCAUGAACCUGUUCCGGCCGCUGGUGCUGCAGAGGCAUCUCUACGCCAAAACGCUGGAGCACUUCCAGGAAAUGCUCAGGAACGCGUGCGCGCUCAUACGGGAGUACACUCCGCAGGUUCCAAACGGAGACGUGCCCCACACGCUCGCCGCCGGCGUGCAGUCUUAGCGUGUUUGUCUUCUUCUUCUGGUGGCUGCCACAGCCGUGUCCGAAGCUCUUCUGUUCCUUUUCACAAACGAGCACGGCACCCAGAAAUCUUUACGGAUAUGAGCAGAGUUGGGAUUUUGGUUAAAGGCCCGUUUCUCUGUGCAGAAAUUUGCUCCUUUGUAUGGAGACUGAAAGUUAGUCCCAGGUCGAAGUCUGACUGCACAUGCUGUGUCCUCAAGAAAGAAAUUCCAAAAUUUCUUGUGUUUUGGUGAAUUUAUUUCAGUUGCACCGACAAAUUCAUGAUGUUGCGAGAGUAAAA